AUGGGGCACUUCCCUUGGUCUUCGGUGCUGCUGAUACUGCUCCUGCCCGCGGUGCCUGCGGCCGUCGCGCCCUGGACGUGCCGGCGCACCCCGUACGCGGCCUCCCGUGACUUCGACGUGAAGUAUGAGGUGCCCAGCUUCCUGGCCGGUGGCCCUGUUCAGGCCGUGGCGACCUUCGAAGGCGGUGCGGAUGGGAGUGCCGUGUUUGUGGCCACACGCAACCGCCUACAGGUGCUCGGGCCUGACUUACAACCCUUCCAGAGUCUAGCUACAGGCCCAGUGGGUGAUGAGAGCUGCCAGACAUGUGCAACCUGUGACCCGGGGCCACAGAGCUUAGCAGGUGAUACGGACAUGCAGGUGUUGGUCUUAGAGCCGGCACUGCCAGCGCUGGUCAGUUGCGGCUCAAGCCUGCAGGGCCGCUGCUUCUUGCAUGAGCUGGAGCUGGGCGGGUCAGUCCCGCGCCUGGCAGCACCCGCCUGCCUUUUCUCAAUGCGCCGCAACCAGCCCGAGGACUGCCCAGACUGCGUAGCCAGCCCUCUGGGCACACGCGUGGUCGUCGUGGAACAGGGCCAGGCCUCCUACUUCUACGUGGCGUCGACCCUGGACCCAGCCGUGGCUGCCAGCUUUAGCCCCCGCUCCGUGUCCAUCCGGCGCCUCAAGGCCGAUGCGACGGGAUUCGAACCAGGUUUCGAGGCACUGUCGGUGCUGCCCAAGCACCUGGCCUCCUACCGCAUCGAGUACGUGCACAGCUUCCGCGCCGGAGCCUUCGUUUACUUCGUGACGGUGCAGCCUGCCAGUGUAGCUGAGGCGCCCGGGGCCUUGCACACGCGCCUGGCGCGCAUGAACGCAGCCGAGCCCGAGCUGGGGGACUACCGUGAGUUGAUUCUCGACUGCCGCUUUGCGCCCAAGCGCCGGCGUCGCGGUGCGGCUGAGGGUGGGCAGCCUUACCCGGUGCUGCGGGCCGCCCACUCGGCUCCCGUGGGCGCCCAGCUGGCCGCGGAGCUGAGCGUCUCCGAAGGCCAGGAGGUGCUGUUUGGUGUCUUCUCCACUGGAAAAAACGAUGGCCCCGGCAUGGGCCCCAGCUCCGUGGUCUGCGCCUUCCCCAUGGACCUGUUGGACAAGCUAAUCGAGGAAGGCGUGGAGCUCUGCUGUGACUCCCCUGAGGGCCGCACCCUCCGCCGAGGCCUUGACUUCUUCCAGGCGCCCAGUUUGUGCCCCAACCCGCCGAUUCUGGAAGCCCGCAACCCCAACAUCAGCUGCCGCCAUUUCCCUCUGCUGGUUCGCAAAAACUUCUGGCGUGUGGACCUGUUCAAUGGCCUCCUGGGAGCAGUUCAGGUCACCGCGCUACAUGUGACGCGUCUCGGCAAUGUCACUGUGGCCCACAUGGGCACAGCUGACGGGCGAAUCCUGCAGGUGGAGCUGGCUAGGUCACUCAACUACUUGCUGUACGUGUCCAACUUCUCACUGGGCAGCAAUGGGCAACCCAUCCAGCGGGACGUCAGUCGCCUGGGGGACCACCUUCUCUUCACCUCCGGGGAGCAGGUCUUCCAAGUACCUAUUCGGGGCCCUGGCUGUCGCCACUUCCUCACUUGUGGACGCUGCCUGCGGGCCCAGCGUUUCAUGGGCUGUGGCUGGUGUGGGGCUGUGUGUGGGCGGCAGGAAGAGUGUCCUGGCUCCUGGCAACAGGACCACUGCCCACCCGAGCUUACCGAGUUCUACCCCCACAGUGGACCUCUUCGGGGAAGCACCAGGCUGACCCUGUGUGGCACUAACUUCUAUAACUUCUACCUACACCCUCCCGGCCUGGUGCCCAAAGGAACCUACCAAGUCACCGUGGGCCAAAGUCCCUGCCAGCUGCUGCCCAAGGACACCUCCCGUCUCAGUCUAGUGCCCCGGAAGGACUUGACGGAGGAGCUUGAGUGUGAGCUGCAGCCCUUGGGCACCCAGGCAGUGGGGACGACCAAUGUCAGCCUCGCCGUGACUGGCGUGCCACCAGGCAAGCCCUUCCGGAUAGAGGGCACCUCAGUGCUGCAAGGCUUCUCUUUCGUGGAGCCAGUGCUGACGGCAGUGCAGCCCCUCUUUGGUCCGCGGGCAGGGGGCACCUGUCUCACGCUUGAGGGCCGGGGUCUGUCAGUAGGCUCUAGCCGGGCUGUGCUGAUCAAUGGCUCCGAGUGCCUGUUGGAGCGGGUCAGUGAAGGGCAGCUUUUGUGUGCCACACCCCCCGGGGCUGCCACGGCCAGCGUCCCCCUUCGCCUGCAGGUGGGGGGUGCUGAGGUGCCUGGUUCUUGGACCUUCCACUACCGGGAAGACCCUGUGGUGCUAAGCAUCAGCCCCAACUGUGGCUACACUGGCUCCCAUGUCACCAUCCUUGGCCGCCAUCUGACUUCAGUCCAGCACCUGGUUCUGGCAUUCCAUGAUGGACAAAGGGCAGUGGAGAACACGGAGUGUGACGGGCAGCUUCCAGAGAAGCAUCGGUGCCACCUGCCUGAAUAUGUAGUCCAAGGUGCCCCAGGCUAUGUGACGGGGACUCUGAGUGUCCGGGGAGAUGGAGCUGCUGCCUUCACCCUGCCUGGCUUUCGCUUCCUGCCUCCUCCCCAUCCACCCAGUGCUGAACUGGCCCCCCUCAAGCCAGAGGAACGUGCCGUUAAGUUUGAGUACAUCGGACUGGGAGCCGUGGCUGGCUGCGUGGAUGUCAGCAUCACUGUGGGAGGCGAGAGCUGCCCGCAUGAAUUCCGGGGUGAUGUGGUCAUCUGCCCUCUGCCAUCGUCUCUGCAGCUUGGCAAGGAUGGCACCCCACUGCAGGUCUGUGUGGACGGUGAGUGUCGGAUGCUGGGCAGAGUGGUGCGGCCAGGCUCCCAGGGCAUCCCGCAGCGCAUGCUCCUUGGGAUCUUGCUGGCCCUGCUCCUGCUUGUGGCUAUCCUGGCCACCGCACUUGUCUUCAACUAUUGCUGGAAGAGGAAGCAGCAGGGGCAUUCUCCCAAUCUGAACAACCUGGCGUCCCUGGACCACACGGCUGGAGCCACGCCCUUGCCCCUUCUCCGCUCCGACUCAGACUACAGAAGUGGUGUUGCAGCUCCUGCCAUUGGUGAUCUGGAUUCUUCCACUGAGGUCCUGGGAGAAUCCUUCUCAGACAGUGAGGAUGGAACCUGUGUCCCCCUGCUGCAGGCAGAGUCCAGGCAGCUCAGAGCCCUGGAUCCCACACUCCUAGCCGAGGUCAAGGAUGUAUUGAUUCCUCAUGAGUGUGUGGUUACCCACAGGGACCAAGUCAUUGGCAAAGGUCACUUUGGAGUUGUGUACCAUGGAGAAUACACAGACCAGGCUCAGAAUCUCAUUCAUUGUGCCGUCAAGUCACUGAGUCGCAUCACAGAGGCACAAGAGGUAGAAGCCUUCCUGCGUGAGGGCCUGCUCAUGCGUGACUUGCACCACCCCAAUGUGCUGGCCCUUGUGGGCAUCGUACUGCCCCCUGCGGGGUUGCCCCAGGUGCUGCUGCCCUACAUGUACCAUGGAGACCUGCUGCGCUUCAUCCGCUCAUCUCAGCGGAACCCCACCGUGAAGGACCUCGUCAGCUUUGGCCUACAGGUGGCCCGCGGCAUGGAGUACCUGGCAGAAAAGAAGUUUGUACACAGGGACCUGGCCGCUCGGAACUGCAUGCUGGACGAGUCAUUCACGGUCAAGGUGGCCGACUUUGGGCUGGCCCGCGACGUCCUGGAUAAGGAAUACUAUAGCGUCCGGCGGAGCCGGCACGCUCGCCUCCCUGUUAAGUGGAUGGCGCUGGAGAGCCUGCAGACCUACAGAUUCACCACCAAGUCCGAUGUGUGGUCGUUCGGGGUGCUGCUAUGGGAGCUGCUGACUCGAGGUGCACCCCCAUACCUUCAUGUUGAUCCUUUUGACCUUCCCAACUACCUGGCUCAGGGCCGGCGCCUGGCCCAACCUGAGUAUUGCCCUGAUUCUCUGUACCAAGUGAUGCAACAGUGCUGGGAAGCAGACCCAGCGGCUCGGCCCACCUUCAGAGCGCUGGUAGGGGAAGUGGAGCAAAUUGUGGCCAUGCUGCUUGGAGACCACUAUGUGCAGUUGUCCCCAGCCUAUGUGAACCUCAGCCCUGGCACCUCAGGGGAGGUGAAAGUGCUCCUAGAACAGCCGCAGUCCCCUCUAGUGCACAGAGACACAUGGCGGCCCCGGCCUCUCUCAGAGCCACCCCUGCCCACAUGACCUAAGCACCUGGGCAGGCCUGUGGAGGCCGGACUUGCUCAGCAGCCUUAAACUAACCCCAAACUCCUUUUGGGCCAGACCCAGCCAGAGGGCAUGGGACCUGCGGGAUGGCAGGAGGGGAGUAAGGCACCUUGGGUUUCUCCCUCCCCAGAGAGAACCAGAGAAGGUCAUCUGUUUGCAAUGUGUAUUUAUGGAGUGCUUGCUGUAUACCUGGCCUGCUGGAUGCAGGGCAUUCAGCCAGGACCACAGAGACUCUGAGCUUUGAAGCAGUGAAGGAAUAAAGGACUAUUUAA